CCAAUUUUCACCGAUUUCACCGCUACCCCAUUUCCGCCCCCUCCUUCCUAGCGACAUUCCCCAUUCUCUCUCUCUCUCUUUUUAUUUUCUAUUUUCUCUGUCGCGUCUUCUCGCUCUCGACAGAAAAAAAAAAAAAUAACACCUCUUCCUCGUUUCUGUAUUGAAUCGAGUUUGCCAAUUUGUCAACCACCACCAAACCCCCCAAAAAAGAAGAAAAUUUUACCAAAUUUGGCCCUAAUUCGAAGGGGUUUUUAUUUAUUUGGAAUCCAAGAAAGACUUCUUGGAAUAAUCUCUGUCGAUUGCGUUUCGCGGGAGUGAAAUUAGGGAAUCUUUUUUGGUGGUAAUUUGAAUCUUAAUGUGGAUUUGGUUAUCCAUCAAUCCAGGUUUUCUUCUUUGAUCUAUCUUUUUCUUUUUUAUUAUUUAGUUUCUUUAUCUAUUUGAUUCGUCGCAAACCCUAGUUUUGGUUAGGUUAGUUUUGAGGGAUUUAAAACUUUAAAAAAUAAAAAUUGAGAUUAGGAAAUUUAAUUGAUUCUUUUUCUGUGUAUAUAGAAGUUAGAUUGCGCUACCGUUUUGUGUUUCCCCUUCUAGGGAUUGUAGUUGCUGUUUAGGUAUCUUAACACAAGAAAAACUCUGUGAAAUUUUUGGUGCGUUGUUUUAGUUUGCCAUCCAAAAUCGAGGGUUUUUUCUUGUUAGAUUAGAUCCUCCACCAAAUUAUCCCGUUUUCUUUUUUUCUUUUAAUUUUUUAAUUUCAUUUUGUUUCUUUCUAUCUGUUAUCAUAGCCCUCCAAAAAAAAAAAAAAGAAAAAAAAGAUAGUAAGAAGAGGAAUUUUUAGGGUUUGCAUUAAAAAAGAUAUUUAGGGUUUUUGGUGAAAUUUAUUACUAUAUAUAGAGGAAAGAAAGAUUGGGAAUUGGUUGUAAAUAGAACGAUGGCGUUGAAUUUUUCCCAUCAGCCUAUCUUUCCUGUUCAUUUGACUGAAGAUAAUCUGGUUUCUCCUAUGAGAAUCGUGAAUGGGUACCUUGUUGAAGGCAUCCCAGAGAAGAAUGGAGAUGGGUGUUGGAGAUCUUGGCAUUUAAAUCAUGAAAUGGAAGAUUGCUUUGAUCAUGGGAGGGAUAGGGGUGGUGGUCGAUGUGGUUCUAAGGAGUUUGUUUCUAAUGAUAUUAUUGAUCUUUUGCCAUCGGAUCCUUUUGGAAUGGAUAUAACCACUACUUUCACCUCAAUUACUGGUUGGCCUGAGGAUUUGGAAAUUGAUUAUGGCCGCUAUGUGAGAGAUGAGGUGGGGACUGGUGAUGGGAGUUAUCAGUUGUUUACCGGAUUGAACUUUAUUUGUAAUAAUGCAAUGUGGUUCCAAAUGUUCCCUGGAAGCACGGGGUUUAAAAGUAAAGGUAGUGUAUCUGGUGGAUUUGAUGUUUGUUCUCAGGUGAAGCAAGGAGGUUAUUUGUCUGGUCAUGCUGGUCUUGGAUUGGCUUGUAAUGUAGGGGAAAAUUUGCAUUUGGGGAAUAAAGGAAUGGUUUCUGUUGACCAGGAAAAUGAAGAAUUUCAGGAUUGUGAGGGUUGUUCUGAGGGACCUGAAGGAGCUCCUCAUGAAGCUCUGAUUUUGGCCCUUGGUUAUCUGGGUGUGCAGGAUCUUCUUGUGGUUGAAAAUGUUUGCACAUCUCUGCGAUCUACAGUUCAGAAUGAUCCCCUUUUAUGGAGGAGUAUUCACAUAGAUCAACCACUAAACGAGAAGAUUACUGAUGAUGUUCUUUUACAGAUAACCAGUAGGGCUCAAGGUAGCUUGCAAUGCUUGAGCCUGGUAGAUUGCCAAAGGAUUACUGAUGAGGGCCUUAAGUGUGUGGUUGAAAAUAAUCCAAAGCUAAUCAAGUUGAGUGUACCUGGAUGUAGAAGACUAAGUAUCGAGGGUAUUUUGAGUAGCCUAAAGGCUUUGAAAUCUAUGGGCACACAAGGGGUGAAGCGUUUGAGGAUUGGUGGGCUCUAUGGUGUGACACAUAAGCAUUUUGAAGAGCUGAAGUUAUUGUUGGGGAUGGACAACCAGAUUCAUCCGAAUGUGCACAAGCCACAAAUUUAUAACAGAAGAAAUGUGUCUCUCUCUUGUGAAGAUGAUCGUGCCAUUGAUGUUGAAGUGUGCCCAAGAUGCCAGAACAUUAGGCUUGUUUACGAUUGUCCUGCUGAGGGUUGUCAGCUAAAAGAACAUUCUGCUCAGUUAUGCAGGGCAUGCACUCUUUGCAUAGCAAGGUGUGUUCAGUGUGGUCAAUGCAUUAAUGAUGGUGAGUAUGAGGAAACGUUUUCUCUGGAUUGGCUUUGUUCAGAUUGUUGGAAGCUACAACUUGCAAAAGUGCCAGGAGAGGCAGAAUAGGAUGAUUGGCCUGUCCAAUUUACCUGCGCUUGAACAAACUGGCAAUCUUCAUCUCCAUGGCUAGACUGAAAUAUUUCACUUUUUCUGGUUUCUAAUCGUGGAAAGCAAUGUAAAGAUUAUGGUGUCUCUCUAUCUUUGCUAUUGCCUUAUAAUCUUCUAAGAAUGUCAGCCUAUAUUACUGGACUUAACUUGGGUGAGCCAUAUUGUGUCCUCUGAGCCAAGGUUUAGUGAUAUUUGGAGAGAAGAGGGGGAAAAGACAAUAAAAUCUUGUGCUGCAUGUAUUGUCCAAGAUAAAUAAUCUUGUUUUGGUGGUUUCUAGGCAUUGGCACUUGUUUGACAUAUUUGCGUUGUGGAUGGUCAAUGCUGAAGCCUGAAGUUGGAUAGGACAUGAAGUGUUGGUCUGUGUUGAAAUCUUUGUGCUGUCAAGAAUAAGGUGGAAAUUGCGAGUUUGCCAACUUGAACAGACUCCCAAGGAAGCAUUCAUUUAUUUGUUACUGUAGAUUGAGAAAUAUCUAUAGUCUCUGUUGCUGGAUGAAUUUGUUGUGAUUAAUCUUCUUGCUGUGUAGCACUUUGCAAGGCAGGUUAUGCUUUAGAUAUUAUCUUAUGUGGUUCUCAGUAGAGUCUUUUCACUGAACCUUUAUGCUUUGAGCUCGGAAAUCUUAACAGCUGAUUGUAAUAUCUGUUCUCUUGAUCCCAGCAUGUUUCCUUAAUAAUUUGAAUUAUCAAUGAUAUAACUGUACUUUUUUCGUCCUUGCCUAUGAGGACGACUUUC